UUGUUGGAGUUGUAGUUCUCUUUGUAAUAAUACUUUCGUGUGUCAUAGUCGUAAAAUUUAAAAGGAAAUCGAAAACCAUCCAUGGAAUGUACAACCUGCAACGCCCUGUUGAAAAUGAAAUAUACAGCGAUGGAGUUGCGGAAUAUUCAACAGUGCAAGAGACAGCAACUAUUGUGAAAUCCCUGAUCAACACCAAAACAAAAUCUAGAGGGUCGGAAAAUGAACAAAACAAUUAUUUCAUUCUUGAAAAACUUGAGGCAUCAUCAAAUACUUGUGAAAAGACGAACAAGGCAAAACAUAUUUCUCCUACUGAAGAGGAUAUUUAUAACAGGCUUCAUGAGAAAGAAAGACAGUCUACGGAAGUAGAGGAGAGUGUUUAUAGUCACUUCAGCGACUGUAAUGAGAGUGUUUACAGCGGCACAAUUCACCGUUGAAUAUUUGAAGAAUGCAUGCACUGGUUAAGGAAUAAAGACAAUCUUCUGUUGUAGUACUAAAGGUGCUGAGACACUUUAUGUUGCUAUUUAAAGCAUUUCACACGAAAAUAUGAUAAACAAUUAUUUUGUAUAGAAAUUUUUGAAAACACAAAUUUCGGUUUAAUUGAAACAUUCUUGCACUUUCACAAAGACAACUUUAUUCGUAAUACUUAAAUAAAUUAGAAAUUUUGUUGUGUAUUGAUGAAAAUAUUAAAACUAUAAUCCAGUAUAUAAAUGUGAGAUGGCAAAUCCAACUCACCAAUAUUAUCAGUCCGUGCUGGUGCUCAGUGAUAAAAUUAAGAUUUAAAAAAAAAACAUUUGUUUUAAUAAUUUAAUGAAGUAUUGCCUGAGUUUGUUAUAUCUAGUGCUGAUUUAUAAUAAAAUCCGAUUGUUAUGCAAAACAUGAACCAUUUAUAAAUAUAUUUUAUAUACUUAGUACAUGUACAAUGACUUUCCAAAAUGUGAAACGCUAAACGCUCAAUUGAAAAGGUUUUAA